CGCAUGCGCUCUGCGCGCUCUGGCUCGACUUCGGACCAUGGCUGCGGCGCUGAACAGUCAGGCAGCCGUUCGGCUGCGGCUUCUCCUUUCGGCGCUGAAGCCGGGGAUUCACUUCUCCCGGCCCGGGUCCUUGGCUGCCUUCGGCACCUCAGUGACCUCCGCCAAGGUGGCUGUGAACGGCGUCCACCUGCACUAUCAGCGGACCGGAAGGGGCAAGCACGCCGUCCUGCUGCUUCCUGGCAUGCUGGGGUGUGGAGAGACUGACUUCGGACCUCAGAUUAAGGGCCUGAAUAAGGAGCGCUUCACGGUGGUGGCCUGGGACCCGCGCGGGUACGGCCGUUCCAGGCCCCCGGACCGGGACUUCCCCGUGGACUUCUUUGAAAGGGAUGCGCAAGAUGCCGUGGACUUGAUGAAGGUGGGUAUCCGAGAUGUCUCCAAGUGGAGUGAGAAAACCAGAAAGCCUCUAGAGGCCCUGUACGGGUUUGACUACUUUGCCAAAACCUGCGAGAAGUGGGUGGACAGCAUAGGGCAGUUCAGACACCUCCCAGACGGGAAUAUCUGCCGGCACCUGCUGCCCCUGGUUCAGUGCCCCACCUUGAUCGUGCACGGGGAGAAGGACCCCCUGGUGCCCCGUUUCCACGCGGACUUCAUCCACAAGCACGUGCGUGGGUCCCGGCUGCACCUGAUAGCCGAGGGCAAGCACAACCUGCACUUGCGUUUCGCAGAUGAGUUCAACACACUGGUGGAAGAGUUCCUCCAGUGACGUCCCCGGACAUGCCCCGCAGGCUCCUCGGCUCUGCCCCUGCCGGGCAGCCCACACCUCACUCGCUGGCCCCCCCGGACUUCCCGCUCCUCCCCGCAGCCGGCCACGACCCGUAUCAAUGGUGGCCUGCCAGUUUCAGCAGCGACGAAACCAGAUCUGAUUUUACCGUUAAUUUCCACUGUUGCCUUAAAAAAUUAGUCCCCGGGCCCUCCCUGGCGGCUCAACCAUUGGAAGCGCAGCACUGUGAGGCUGUCCGCAGCCCCUGCGG